AUGGUGCGCGGGGCCAGGGAUGGGCCGGCGCCGGCAGUGCUUCUUCUCCGGCGCGUCGCCGCCGCCGUGUCCGUCCUCUUGAUGUUGAUGCUGUGCUCCCCCGGCGCGGUGGUGUCGGCCCGGAAGGUGGGCGAGACGUGCGCGCUGGACCGGAACUGCGACGCGGGGCUGCACUGCGAGACGUGCGUCGCCGACGGCAACGUGCGGCCGCGCUGCACCGCGUCGCCCCGUCGACCCGCAGACCAAAGGUACAUGCAGGUUCUCUCUCGCGCGUUCCUGUUCGCCAUAGCUCACUCGAUCGUCGGCCGGAUUAAUUGGAUCGCUGCCGCCGGCGACACCGUCCCGUCCCGUAACAAUUUGCGCGCGCUGUGGUGGCAGGCGCGGGACCUGCCGUUCAACCGGUACGCGUGGCUGACGACGCACAACUCGUUCGCGCGGCUCGGGCAGCGGUCGCAGACGGGGGUCGCCAUCGCCACGCCGUGGAACCAGCAGGACACCGUCACCGAGCAGCUCAACAACGGCGUGAGGGGGCUGAUGCUGGACAUGUACGACUUCCGCAACGACAUCUGGCUCUGCCACUCCUACGGCGGCAUCUGCCAGAACUUCACCGCUUUUCAACCGGCGGUGAACGUGCUCCGCGAGGUGGAGCGCUUCCUGUCGCAGAACCCCGCGGAGGUAGUGACCAUCUUCGUGGAGGACUACGUGGAGUCGCCCAAGGGGCUCACCCGGGUGCUCAACGCGUCGGGCCUCGCCCGCUACAUGUUCCCGGCCUGGCGGAUGCCCAAGACCGGCGGCGACUGGCCGCGGCUCAGCGACAUGGUCCGCGACAACCACCGCCUGCUCGUCUUCACCUCGAAGCCCGGCAAGGAGGCCGCCGAGGGCAUCGCCUACGAGUGGCGCUACGUCGUCGAGAACCAGUACGGUACCAAGGGGAUGGUGAAGGGGACGUGCCACAACCGCGCCGAGUCGGCCGCCAUGAACGACCUGUCCAGGUCGCUGGUGCUCAUCAACUACUUCAGGGACCUCCCCAACCUGCCGGCGGCGUGCAAGGACAACUCGGUGCAGCUGCUGGACAUGGUCACCACCUGCCACGACAAGUCCGGGAACCGGUGGCCCAACUUCAUCGCCGUCGACUUCUACAAGAGGAGCGACCGAGGCGGCGCGGCGGAGGCCACGGACAAGGCGAACGGCGGCCUGGUCUGCGGCUGUGGGAGCAUAUCGGCUUGCAACGCCAGCGGGACAUGCACUUCCCGGCACGGCAGGACGCCCAAAGGCAUCUUCAACGCCUCAUCCGACGCGGCGGCGUGGAGGCCGCCGCCGCCGGUGCUGCAAUGGCAGCGGCUCAUCCUGCUGCCGUCUCUCCUUGCUCUUCUUCUGGGCAUGUAA